AAGAAUGUUAUAGCCUCAACUUGUGAACCUAAGACUCAGGGCUACACCUACUUGUGGAGGGUAAAUGGUCAGAGCCUCCCGGUCAGUCCCAGGCUAAAGCAACCCGGUAAAACCAGGAUCCUCAUUCUAUCCAAUGUCACAAUAAAUGACACAGGACCCUAUGAAUGUGAAAUAUGGGACCGAGUUGGUAGCAUCUGCAGUCACCCAGUCACCCUGAAUGUCCUUUAUGGUCCACAAGUCCCCAGGAUUUUCUCUCCAUUGACCUAUUACCGUUCAGGAAAAACCCUCCAGUUGUCCUGCUUCGCUGACUCUAACCCACCGGCAGAGUAUUCUUGGACGAUUGAUGGGAAGUUUCUGCAAUCAGGACAAAAGCUCUCUAUCCCCCAAAUUACUACAGAGCAUAGCGGGCUCUAUGGUUGCUCUGCUCGUAACUCAGCCACUGGCAGGGAACGUUCCACAUUCAAGAGGAUCAAAGUCUUUCGUAAGUGGAUCCCUGCAUCAUUGUCAACAGGGUUUUAGGUGGAGUCUAUCUGGCUUUCAGAGAAGAGUCAGGAAAACAUUUUUAUUCCCAGCCUGUGUCACAUGGGCAGAAGCAAAUCCUAAAUUCUCCUCCUGAACCCUCCCAAUUUGUCUCUACAGACUCUCUUCUCCUAGUUUUUCUGUUUUCUCAUGGUUGACCUUGUGUCCAGCCUGAGAAAGGUAGGGAGGGGGCUUUGUCAGCCCUGAGCCCUAUGUGGUGGAAGAGGCUUCACAGAGGGACAAGAAGGAGAGUCCUCAAGAUCAAGUUGCUUCUUGCUGUCACCAACACAUCCUUUUCCACUACAUCUUUGUUUUCUUUUACCUACUCCAUGAGCUACAAGGAACAUCUGAGGCUUUGAAACAAGCUCACAUUUUUCCCCCAAAUGAGAGGAGGAAGCCCCUUGGAUGAGGGAGGAGCAGCUCAGACUGCUCCUUACUCUGCUCCGGGCUUCUCUGGUGACUGGCCCUGCCUGACUCCACCUGGGGUGGGACCAGCAUGUGUGGAGAAAGAGCCCUGCUGACCUGUCCUGAAUUUGGCUAAAUCGAGCUGCCAGUUGAAGUGAAGCCUAGGCUGCAGGGAAAUAAGAAGAGAGGGAGCUUUGGGGCAGACUCUUGAGCUGUGUCCUGUCUCUGAAGUCACCGGCUGUAUGAGGCUGUGGGCACUGCAUGUGGGACACAGCACAGAGGACAGUGAGUGAUGCACACUUGAAUAAAUAGGGAGAUUCACCUCUGGGGCUCUGCAUGGCAGGAAAGGGGCAAUGGAAAACGUGUGUAUUUGUAGAGUGUAAGACUACCAGGACACUUUAUAUAUAUCUAAUAUAAGAUUUAUCGUUAACUGUUUCUAUGUGUGCAAUUUAGUGUUGUGUAACCAUCACACUAUCCAUUUCCAGAACUUUUUCGUUUUACCAUAUUAAACCUCUGUAUCCUAUAAACAGUAACUCUCACGUCUUCUCCCCGUAUCCCUCAGCACAUACCAUUCUAAUUUUUGUCUCUAUGUAACUGGCUAGUCUAUCUUUUAUAAAUGGAAUUAUAGAAUAAUUAUUCUUCAAUGUCAAGCUUAUUUCAGUUAGCAUAAUGUCUUCAAGGUUCAUCCACUUUGCACGAUAUGUUGGAAUUUUAUUCCUUGUUAAGGUUGAAUAACAUUUCGAUGAAGAGAUAUACCUCAUUUGCCUACCCACUUAUCUUUCAGUGGACUUUUUCGUUGUUUCCAUUUUUUGGCUAUUGUGAGUAA